AUGGAAGAUAAACUGGACGGAUACUACGCAAGUGUUCUUUCAAAUGCUGAAAAUGGCACACAUACAACUGUCGAUUGCCAUGACAAAAGUAGUGACGAAGAAAAUUUAGAUGAGCUACUGAAUGAACUGGAUAAAGAAUUGGACGAAGACCAUGAAUUUUUGAGCACUUACAGAUCUGAGAGGCUACAACAAAUAUCUGAUCAUUUAAAACAGGUCAAGAAAAAUGUGGAGGAUGACGGAUACGGUAAAUUGCAAUGCGUUGAUAAGGAAACCGACGCUAUUCAAAUAUGUACAAAGACUGAUAUGGUGGUCAUACAUUUUGAAUUGGAAACAUUCGGUAAGUGCCAGUACAUGAAUGAAAAACUGAAAAACUUGGCAAGAAGGUAUCUAACCACCAGAUUUAUUAAAGUAAACGUCCAAACAUGUCCCUUUCUGGUCAAUAAACUGAACAUCAAAGUACUGCCGUUUGUAGUUGGAUACAGGAAUGGUCUAGAAAAAGUUCGCUACGUUGGGUUUAGUAAAUUGGGAAACGAUCCCAACGGGUUUGAUAUUAGGAGACUAGAGCAAUCUUUAGCUCAUUCAGGUGUUAUAGAAGACACAUUCGAAAUAAGGAAGCAUUCAUCUAGGAACGUGGGACAAUUUGCUUCCACUAAUGAUAGUGGAAGUGGAAGCGGUAGUGAUUUAGAUAUUUAA